AUGCAAGAACUUAUCUCAGCCUUCAAAUGCAAACUCACAAAGAGAAUGCAAGAGCAGAUGAUAAAUCAGCUUGUACAGAUAUGGAUUACUCAGCACUAUGGAACUGAAUUUUACUAUUACAUGAGCAAAGAUUUCUUACCUUUGGCUGUUAAAGGGAUGAAUUUGUUGAAAGAAAAUAAUAAGAAAAACUUGUUUCUUGCUAUGAGUAAAUGCUUUGGUGAGGAAAUUAAUGGCAAAUCCAGGAUGAAUGUUAAGCAAAUGCCAUUUGGGCUUAUAUCAUAUAAUCUACAGUUUUUCGCUUCUGAUCAUACAGCAAAUAUUAAGAUGGAGAAUGAUUACUUGGAGUGGCAAACCACCAUGCAUGCUCAGUUUGGCCACAAGUGGGCUUGCCUGCACCGAGGUCCAGAUGAUAGUGGCAGUGACUGUGAGCCAGCAACCGAUGGUAAUGAUAAUGUACCUGCUGACAAUUUGAAUACUUCAUACGAGACAGGUUUUAUAUCAGAAUAUCAAAGUUCUGGGAAUGUCGACUUGAUUCAACUAGCUCUGGAAGAUUGCGAAAUAGGCCUUCAAGCGGAAGACGGCGAAGCUGAUACG